CGCCGCCUCCUGCCUCCUUCCGCCGGGAUGAGGGACCGCCUGGCCGAGCUGGCAGCGCAUACCCAAAAUGAAGAUGGUGAGGCCACUGUUCUUGUUGAAAAUGACCAUUACAUGGAAGAGUUCUUCCAACAGGUUGAGGAAGUCAGAAAAUACAUAAGCAAAAUAGCAGACAUUGUGGAAGAAGUGAAGAAGAAGCACAGCAUUAUUCUUUCUGCCACACAUCCCAAAGACAAAACGAAGGAAGAGCUUGAAGAACUGAACAAAGAAAUCAGGAAAACUGCAAAUAUAGUUCGGGCUAAAUUGAAAGCCAUAGAACAAAGUUUGGGCCGAGACGAGAAUGUCAAUCGAACUUCAGCAGAUCACAGAAUACGAAAAUCACAGCACUCGGUGUUGGCGCGGAAGUUUGUGGAAGUCAUGUCCACGUAUAAUGGAACCCAGACUGUCUUUCGAGAGCGCACCAAAGAUCAGAUACGCCGGCAGCUAGAAAUCACUGGAAAAACCACAACUGAUGAAGAACUGGAAGAAAUGUUAGAAAGUGGCAAUCUUUCUAUUUUCACUUCUGACAUUAUUUUGGACACCAAAAUUACGAGAGAAGCUCUUGAUGAAAUUGAGUCACGUCACAAAGAUAUUAUAAAACUGGAAUCCAGUAUACAGGAGCUGCAUGAGAUGUUUAUGGACAUGGCAAUGCUUGUUGAAGUUCAGGGUGAAAUGGUCAACAGCAUAGAGAAGAAUGUGAUGAAUGCAGCCGAUUAUGUAGAACAUGCGAAAGAAGAGACCAAAAAAGCAGUUAAAUAUCAAAGCAAAGCACGCAGGAAAAAGUGGAUAAUUCUCAUGAUAGUGUUUGUGCUGCUUGCUGUUCUUGCUGUAAUAAUUGGCUUGUCAGUGGGGAUUCGGUGAUGCUCCGCUAGCUUCAGCGUGCCUCUCACUCUCUUGUCAUGCAGUAAGUACUAAUCGACUAACUCGCCUUCCAUGCUAACCCGCGUCCGUCAGGGAUCCACGCAAUGUGGCCAUGACUUAAGAGGGUUUGCCAAACCAGCAGGUUGCUUUCGACAGCCACAGAAGCAUUUCAGAAGUCAUGUCUCCCGCGAGAACUGAGACACCUAGUGGCUAGCAGCUCCGAUGUGUCUGGACUCUUGCAUUUGAUUGGGAUGGCGUGAUGCCCACUUGAAUUAGAUUCCCUCUGUCUGACUUGCCCUUGAGUUGGUGUAGAAGCAUGCAGACAUGAAGCUUUAUAUGGAAUGCUGUUUUUUACAUAGAACAGUGCUAUGAUAUGCUAAAGCUAUUGUGUGUUUGAUGUGUGUGUGGAUAUAAUACACACAUUCGAUCUCUUUAAACGUAUAAGAGGUUGGAUGGGUCGUGUCUAAGGGUCAUUCCCAUUUCCCUCUCCAAGAUCCCCUGUUCUCAGACUGCUGAGGAGCUGUCAGCCAAGACUGGCUUUCUUUCAGGUUAUCAAUGUUCCCGUGCACAAACGUCUCUGCUUCUUUUGGCUUCUCUGGGCCAGCAAAUUACCCCGGCGAUGCCCCACUCACUUCUGUCCCAGCAGACAUGAUCUUUCUCAAAAUUUAGGGCAGAACCCAGUCUCUCUUAUUCCCAUUGGUCUGUAAUGCACCACAUAAGCCGAUGGAGCUGUAUAAAACAAAACAGGAAGAACGCUCAGCCCCAUUCUGUCAAACUCAGCUCUGUUGGACCUUCUAAUGCGGGAUGCCCCACCGCAGUGUAAGGCCAAAAUCGUCAGAAUUGCAGUUCUUAAAACCUGAAGGACUGAAAAGUCCAAGUGACAAAGUGUCCAAGUGUAACACCCCUGAGUCCAGAGCAUGGGAACCUGGAAUGCCUCUCUGGAUUGCUCCCACUGAAGAGUCUCUGCCUGCCCCACCCACCCACCCUGCCUCACCUACUUUGAGGGUGGAGAAAUGCAGCUCUAUUUGGGAGGAGAGGAUCCUUGAAUGCUUUAAUCCUUAUUUUUACUCAAAGUGAUUUCUACUGAAACGUUCACUUGCAGGUGGGCAGGGCAUGUUCGGUUCUUGUAUCUCUACAAUGUUGCUCUUCCUUCUUUCAUUUAACAUUUGAGGAUAAGCUAAUCAUCUUUUUUCU